AUGCCCUCUAAAGGAUGGUUCAACCUCGAAUCCGCAGGUGGCAUGAUCCCCGAGACCCAGUUCUUUGAGGGGGACUCUGCCUUCAAGUUCCUCGGCCUCACUCGUACACAGAGAUUAUACGGCUUUGUUGGAUGUCUCAUCAUAGGGUUCGCCCUCAGCUUACUAGGCAGCAUAUUGCUUUUCUUGGGUCAGCUCGGUAGUUUUGCAGUUUUGUACACUAUUGGUAUCUUGGUAUCCCUCGUCGGCACUGGUUUCGUCAUUGGAUUUGCCUCGCAAAUCAAGCUCAUGUUCAAACCCGUACGAAUCAUUGCCACAGUCGUAUUCCUUGGCUCAGUAGGCCUCGUCUUCGUCGGCGCCUUCGUACUCAAGAACGAGAUACUGUGCAUCAUUUUCGUCAUCGUCGAAUACCUCGCCUAUAUCUGGUACAACCUAUCGUAUAUUCCAUACGCCCGAUCAGCUGUGCUCAAACUCGUCGGGAUGAAUUAA